AUGUAUACUUACAACAAGUUUGGAUCGAGGGCUGCUCCCCCGGCAACAGCAACAGCAUCGGCAUCGGCAACGACGACAGCAACACCGAGUGUCGCAAAACAAUCUUAUUCCUCCAAGGCCUCGACCAUGAAGCUGAGAUUGAGCGGCAACGAGAGAAGCCACAAGGAAGAAAAACUAGAAAGCAGCGUGGUUGCCACGCCGAUUGAUUAUACCAACCAUUAUAUACACACGGGUGAGUACUCAACCAAAUUUAUACGAAACGUUGCUAAUCCAUUAGACGGGUACCCCAAGCUAGACAAAUUGCACCACUUGAAAAAAGCCCAGAUACAAAAACAUGCAACGAAACCGUAUGGCGUGCGAUGUUCUACUGACAAGAUCAUCCCCACGUUGAAUAGCUGGAUCGAGAAGCACGAUUUAAAAUUCGACGUGAUUAUGAUUGGCGCCUUGGUGGAAAACCAAUUCAUCUUGCCGGUGUUGAAUAAGUUACCAAUCCAUAAACUUUGCUCAAAGCCGGGUUUCUUGUUUAUAUGGUCGACUACUCAAAAGAUUCAAGAAUUGACAAAAUUGUUGAAUACUGAUAAUUUCAACAAGAAAUUUAGAAGAUCAGAAGAGUUGAUAUUCUUGCCUAUAAACGACAAGUCUCCCUAUUACCCCAGUCAAACGGACUCGUCAACUGAAAAAUCCAUCUUGGAAAAACAGCAAUGGCAUUGCUGGAUGUGCAUCACCGGUACCGUUAGAAGAUCAACCGAUAACGAUUUGAUCCAUUGCAACAUCGAUACCGAUUUGCAAAUUGAAUCUCCCACGAAAUCAGAACCAGCGUCGCCAGCGUCACCAGAAGGGAGAAAUGCAUGUCCUCCUCAAAUCUACAAAGUCGCUGAAAAUUUUUCCAACUCCAACAGAAGAUUACACUUGAUUCCAUCCCACUUGGGGUUCAACACGCACGUCAAAUUACGUCCCGGGUGGGUCAUCAUGGGCCCUGACGUUUACAUCAAUAAUUUCAACCCCGAGAUGUACAAGCAAGAAUUGGGGCAGAAAUCGCUAGUCAAGUGUAAAACCAUAAGUGGGCCCAAUAAUAACGCCAAUACCAACAUGACUACUCAAUAUCUAGUGCCUCAAACUAAUGAAAUCGAGGAUAUGAGACCCAAGAGUCCCAUUGUUUCAGUCAAAGGUGGCUAA